AAAUUGAAUAGUGAAACGACCUUCAAUCGAUCGACUGCAAUCUAUCUUCUCAGGAGAUUUUUGUUUUUGUUUCUGUCUUUGGUUUCGUAAAAGUAAUUUUUUCGUUUUGAAAUUUUUCGUUGGUUUUUCGCGUUAAAAAAAAAAAAUUAAAAUUCUAAGCACCGACACAGUAAUCGAUACAAAAUUCGAAAAGUGGUUUUUUCUGAAAAGGAAAGUUGUAUUUCAACUGCAAGACAAUUUUUACAUUACCAGCAGCGCAAUCAAAGUGGUUUUUGUAUUAUUUUUUUUCAAUGAUCGCCAACAUUUUAGAAAAUUGAAUUCGAUUUUGUUGUAAAAGUGAAACGGUAAAAUUGCAUUACGAUUGGAUUUUCUACAACGAAAACGAAAAGCAUCUGCGACCACCACCGAUUGGAUUACUUGUGAAACAGAGACCUUUUUUUGCUGCUUUUUCGAAAAGCUUAUCUGCUUACAGAUCGACAACUUAAAUCAUGAAAUGGAAGGUACAAACGAUAGUGGCAUCGCUGACUUUAUUGAUGUUGCACAAGAUAACCGUCGUUCGAUGUGAAGCUGCUCAUUUAUCAUACGCUCCAGAAUACAACCAUCCAGCAUAUGCAUUCAGUUACGGCGUAAAAGAUCUCCACACGGGCGACGUAAAAUCCCAAUGGGAAUCGCGAGAUGACGGUGUCGUGAAGGGCCACUACAGCGUCUUAGAACCAGAUGGAUCGAUUCGAUCGGUCGACUACACUGCCGACGCAAAAAAUGGAUUCAAGGCCGUUGUAAAAACGCACGGACCGAACGUGCAUCCGAUAACCGAAUCGCCGCACGGUCACAAAAGUGAAUACAGUGGAGACGAUGACACGUCUUCGCAAUCGAAAAUCAACCAUUACAGCAAGGACCAAGAACACAUUUUGCUGAGCUCUGACUUUGCGAAGAAGAAACCGCUGAUCGAUUUGAACAAGUCACAAAAGUCGAUUCCGUCGUUGAUCGAAAUUAAACCCUACGAUUAUUCGCACGAAAAGUAUUCCGGUUAUUCACCGGAUUUCGAAGGUGGUUACAGUAAAAAAGCGUCACCAGAACCCUAUCUGAAAGGCGAAUACGAGGAGGAUUUCGAACCGAGCGUGCGAAAGCCUACGAUCACAAUCGUCAAGGCACCGGACCUCUCCAAACAGAAACAUGGCCAACAUGUCAAACCAAUCGAAGAAUAUAAAAUAUCCGAAGCUGAAGUGAACCAGUACGAAAACACAUAUAAAACAGGAUCCGGCUACGAAUUGUAUCCCGAACACAAAUACAAGCCGCACGGCACGAAUGUACGCGUCACCGAUUUCAUCAGUUCGAAACCGCAUGCGGUCGGUGUUGCCAAAGUUAAACCGUUCAAGCCACAUUCGACAGCAGGACUGAAGCACUAUCACACGAAAGCCGUGCCGAAUAAGUUUUACGCACGCAGUUUACCGAUUAAGAGCGAUUAUGCAAGCUACUUCCGGCCGGUAAAAUCAAACUUUGGACCGGUGGUUUUUCCAUCAGAAGACACACAACGGGCAGCGUCGACUCGAAUCGUACAGGCUAUGAUUUUGAGGAAGAAACAGGGGACGUUUCCUAGCUACAAUUUCUACUAUUAGCGCUGAUGCUGUUUCUUAAGCUUUAGCUACGGGGUGUGCACUGUAGUACCUUGUGUAUUUAUUUCAUUUGUUUUUAGUUUAAGCCCGUAAAUUGUAAGAAUUCUGUUAUUAAAUCCGGUGUCAAAUGUU